AUGAGGUGGAGAUGUGUGUGGUUGAGUUUCCUUGCUUUGUCUGUCGAUAUCGUCACAAAUGUACAAGCCAGGCUGGUUCGCAACCAUGUCAGCAGCAUCUGCAGCACAUGGGGCAGAAACCACUUCAAGACAUUUGACGGUGACAUGUACGAGUUCCCCACCAUGUGUGAAUACAACCUGGUCUCUGACUGCCACGAUUCCUUCCAGGAGUUCUCUGUGCACAUGAGGAGGAAAGAGACUGAUGGGAACCCGACAGUCAGUUAUGUGGUGGUUACUAUCAGUGACCUCUCAUUCCACAUCAGCAAGAGUGUGGUCACUGUCAAUGCUCAGCUUGUUGAAAUGCCAUACUACAACGCAGGAGUACAAGUGGAAAAAAAUGCGGUGUACAUCAAACUCCAGUCAAAAGUUGGCAUCAACGUCAUGUGGAAUGGUGACGAUGCAGUCAUGGUGGAACUGGAUCAUGACUACGCUAAUCGAACUUGUGGACUUUGUGGAGACUUCAACGGUGUUUUGCUCCACAAUGAGUUCAUACAUCAUGGUCGCAAAAUAAGCCCAUUUGAGUUUGGCAACAGACACAGGGUCCAUCGUCCAAAUGAUGAUUGUGAGAAUCCCAGUGAAGAGGAAGAUGAAGCACUGGCUGCUGAACAAUUGUCAGAUUCAUGCACCCAGUUUCAACCCUUUUGUACGCAGAUGUUGAGUUCAGGGUCUUGGAGCUCCUGCACCAGUCUAAUUGACCCUGAACCUUACAUCCAGGCCUGUGUGCAGGACAUGUGUGGCUGCAACGUCACAAAUGACUUCUGUGUCUGCAGCACGCUGUCCGAGUUCUCUCGACUAUGUUCCCAUGCAGGAGGGCAGCCUCCUAACUGGAGGUCGCCUCACUUCUGCGAUAAACAGUGUCCAUUCAACAUGGUCUACCAAGAGAGUGGUUCUCCUUGCAUGGACACUUGCUCAUAUCGGGACACAAGUUCACUGUGUGAGGACCACAAAAUGGACGGCUGCUUCUGUCCUCCUGGAACUGUGUUUGAUGAUAUCUCUGAGAGAGGGUGCAUCAGUCAGUCUGAAUGUCAGUGCAAAGACGACAAAAUCUAUAACUCCGGUGAGGUUAACCGCCAGGGCCAAACUGAAUGUACAUGUGUGAUGGGAAGCUGGUCUUGUAAGAAACAGCUUGAAAUGCCUGCUACAUGUGCAGUCGAGGAGGGUUCACAUGUAACGACCUUUGAUGGGAAAACCUUCACCUUCCAUGGAGAAUGUCACUACACUCUAGCCAAGGAUGACAAAAGUCCAAAAUUUACCAUCCUGGUCCAGCUGAUACCUUGUGUAAACCAGGAGUACGACACGUGUCUUAAAACUCUCAAGCUUUUGCUGAACAAUGACAAACACAAUGUAUUAACGUUCACUUCAGAUGGAAAAGUGAAGCAAAACUCACAGAUAAUGAGUUUGCCAUAUCAGGUACAAGGUGUCCUCUACAUAUUUCGUGCCUCAUCCUUCCACAUCUUGCUCCAGACCAGUUUUGGGUUGCAAAUUCAGAUUCAGCAUGUGCCAAUGAUGCAAGUCUAUGUCAGCCUGGAGCACAGCUACAGGGCAAAGACACAAGGUUUGUGUGGGAACUACAACAUGGUCCUGGCUGACGACAUGAAGACACCUCAGGGAAUUGUGGAGGGAACAGCAGUAACUUUUAGCAACUCGUGGAAGGCUAACCACAUGUGUCAAGACAGGACGGAAAGGCUUGAUGACCCCUGUUCUCUUAGUGUGGAGAAUGAGAAGUAUGCCCAGCACUGGUGUGCUUUGCUGCUAAAGACAAACACUACAUUUGCACAGUGUCAUUCAGUGGUGGAUCCUGAGCUGUAUCACAAGAGGUGCACCUAUGCAAGCUGUAACUGUGAGAAGAGCGAGGCCUGCCUGUGUGCUGUCUUGUCAUCUUAUGCACGGGCAUGUGCAUCAAAGGGAGUGUUUUUGACAGACUGGAGAGACAAUGUGUGUGAUAAAUACAUGAGGAACUGCCCGAUGUCUCAGACCUUCUCUUACAAACAUCAGAGAUGCCAGUUGACUUGCAGAUCUCUGAGCUCAAAGCAGCAGAGCUGCAUCACUGACUUCUUGCCUGUGGAUGGCUUCUCCUGCUCUGAGGGUCUCUAUCUGAAUGAAAAUGACAUAUGUGUCCCCAUGGCCAAGUGUCCAUGCUACUAUAAUGAAGUGCAAAUCAAGCCUGGGAAGUCCAUCAACAUCAAAGAUGAGCACUGUGUUUGUUCAAAUGGAGUGCUUCGUUGUAAUUCUUGGAGAGCCCGUUCAGUGUGCCCUUUUCCAAAAGUUUUCAUCGACUGUUCCACUCCUGGCAUAGCAGAGCGUGGAGUCCAGUGUGCUCGAACUUGUUUAAAUCUGGACAACGAUGAUUGUGACUCCACAGAGUGUGAAUCUGGCUGUUAUUGUCCCAGUGGCCUCAUUGAUGAUGGAAAAGGUUUCUGUGUAAAAGAAAGCCAAUGUCCUUGUCAACAUAAUGGGCGUCUAUAUGCACCAGGAACACAAAUUCCGAACCAGUGUAACACUUGCACCUGCAGAAGUGGAAGGUGGGAGUGUACAGAGAAAAAAUGUCCAGGAACAUGCAUUAUUUAUGGAAGUGGUCACUACAAGACAUUUGAUCAGCGAAUGUAUGCCUUUAAUGGACAAUGCGAAUAUGUUGCUGUCAAGAACAAAUGUGGCAAUAAAACGGUACAGGAGAACUUUGGAGUUAUCACAGAAAAUGCACCAUGUGGAACUACAGGCACCACAUGCUCCAAAAUCGUCAGAGUCCUACUUGGGCGAAUGGAAAUUAAACUGUCAAAGGGGAAACAUGAAGAGCAGGACUUGGGACAUGGCCCUCAGAUUCAAUACAGAAUAAGUAAAGUUGGCUUAUAUCUGGUGAUAGAAUCUGCCAUUGGUCUGACAGUGAUGUGGGAUCGCAAAACAACUGUUCGCAUCCUCCUGGAACCACAGCACAGUGGAGAGGUAUGUGGCCUGUGUGGAGAUUUUGAUGGUGAUGGCCACGACUUCAUCACUCAGAACCAGAUGGUAGUGAGCAGUCCUGUAAAAUUUGCAAACAGCUGGAAAGUGUCCAGUGGCUGCAGAGAUAUGAGAAUGAAUGUCAAUCCUUGUGAAGCUGAACCAAAACGGUAUUUGUGGGCAAAAAUGACGUGCAGCAUUAUAACUGGGGAGACUUUCAAAGAGUGCCACAAUAAGGUAGAGCCCCAUCCAUUUUAUGACAACUGCGUGACAGACGCAUGUGCCUGUGACACUGGAGGAGACUGUGAGUGUUUUUGUACAGCAGUUGCAGCUUAUGCUCAAGCUUGUAAUGACGCUGGUGUCUGUGUUUCAUGGAGGACUCCAAAAAUCUGUCCUGUCUUUUGUGAUUAUUACAAUGGUCCACAAGAAUGCAAGUGGCACUAUAACCCUUGUCAUACAACCUGCUACAAGACCUGUUUAAAUCCUCAAGGAAAUUGUAGUGCCACUCUACCCCUCGUGGAAGGCUGCUAUCCUGUAUGCCCUGAAGAUAGACCCAUAUUUGAUGAAGAUAAGGAGAUAUGUGUGGACGAAUGCUCCGGUUGCUUUUAUAAUGGAACCAGAUAUAAGGAAAAUGAGGUUGUUUACAAUGUGACUGACAACUUGGGGAUGUGCUACUAUGCAAUCUGCAUAAAUACAACUGUGAUACAUGAAAAUAAAACCUGCACUGCUUCAACUGUUCAACCACCAACAUUGACAACAAUUUUGACCACUGAAUUGCUUACCACACAAACUGUACCGCUCAUUACAACUGAAGUGACAACCACAUUAUUUUCAACUCCACAAACUCAACCUUCCACAACGGUUUCUACAAAAGCAACAACAACCUUGACAACGUUUGAAACUGAAAUUACGGAAUCCCCAGUUCCAUCUACAUCACCAAGAACUGAAUCUGUUGUCACUGCUACCACUCCACUUCAGACUCUUACUUCAACUCUACAGCCAACAACCACAAAAGAGUCUACACCAUUCCCAAUCACAACUUUUACAACAACUGCACAGCCAACUUCAACCACAACCCCUUCCACCAAGUUUCCUUCAACUCAAGGGCCAACAACCACAACGGAAUCUACAUCCCUUCCACCCACAACAUCCAUUCCAACUACACCUGCUAUAACAGGAACAAUGCCAACUUCAACCACAAAAUCUACAACCCCUUCCACCGAGUUCCCUACUUCAACUCAAGGGCCAACAACCACAACGGAAUCUACAUCCCUUCCACCCACACCUACUACAGCAACUGCACAGCCAACUACAACAGCAACAUCCACAACACCUCACAGUGAGCCUCCAACUUCAACUCUGCAGCCAACAACCAGAACAGAAUCGACAUCCAUUCCAACUACACCUGCUAUAACAGGAACAAUGCCGACUUCAACCACAAAAUCUACAACCCCUUCCACCGAGUUUCCUACUUCAACUCAAGGGCCAACAACCACAACGGAAUCUACAUCCCUUCCACCCACAACAUCCAUUCCAACUACACCUGCUAUAACAGGAACAAUGCCAACUUCAACCACAAAAUCUACAACCCCUUCCACCGAGUUCCCUACUUCAACUCAAGGGCCAACAACCACAACGGAAUCUACAUCCCUUCCACCCACAUCAACUCAAGGGCCAACAACCACAACGGAAUCUACAUCCCUUCCACCCACACCUACUACAGCAACUGCACAGCCAACUACAACAGCAACAUCCACAACACCUCACAGUGAGCCUCCAACUUCAACUCUGCAGCCAACAACCAGAACAGAAUCGACAUCCAUUCCAACUACACCUGCUAUAACAGGAACAAUGCCAACUUCAACCACAAAAUCUACAACCCCUUCCACCGAGUUUCCUACUUCAACUCAAGGGCCAACAACCACAACGGAAUCUACAUCCCUUCCACCCACAUCCAUUCCAACUACACCUGCUAUAACAGGAACAAUGCCAACUUCAACCACAAAAUCUACAACCCCUUCCACCGAGUUCCCUACUUCAACUCAAGGGCCAACAACCACAACGGAAUCUACAUCCCUUCCACCCACACCUACUACAGCAACUGCACAGCCAACUACAACAGCAACAUCCACAACACCUCACAGUGAGCCUCCAACUUCAACUCUGCAGCCAACAACCAGAACAGAAUCGACAUCCAUUCCAACUACACCUGCUAUAACAGGAACAAUGCCAACUUCAACCACAAAAUCUACAACCCCUUCCACCGAGUUUCCUACUUCAACUCAAGGGCCAACAACCACAACGGAAUCUACAUCCCUUCCACCCACACCUACUACAGCAACUGCAGAGCCAACUACAACAGCAACAUCGACAACACCUCACAGUGAGCCUCCAACUUCAACUCUGCAGCCAACAACCAGAACAGAAUCGACAUCCAUUCCAACUACACCUGCUAUAACAGGAACAAUGCCAACUUCAACCACAAAAUCUACAACCCCUUCCACCGAGUUUCCUACUUCAACUCAAGGGCCAACAACCACAACGGAAUCUACAUCCCUUCCACCCACACCUACUACAGCAACUGCAGAGCCAACUACAACAGCAACAUCGACAACACCUCACAGUGAGCCUCCAUCUUCAACUCUUCAGCCAACAACCAGAACAGAAUCGACAUCCAUUCCAACUACACCUGCUAUAACAGGAACAAUGCCAACUUCAACCACAAAAUCUACAACCCCUUCCACCGAGUUUCCUACUUCAACUCAAGGGCCAACAACCACAACGGAAUCUACAUCCCUUCCACCCACACCUACUACAGCAACUGCACAGCCAACUACAACAGCAACAUCCACAACACCUCACAGUGAGCCUCCAACUUCAACUCUGCAGCCAACAACCAGAACAGAAUCGACAUCCAUUCCAACUACACCUGCUAUAACAGGAACAAUGCCAACUUCAACCACAAAAUCUACAACCCCUUCCACCGAGUUUCCUACUUCAACUCAAGGGCCAACAACCACAACGGAAUCUACAUCCCUUCCACCCACACCUACUACAGCAACUGCACAGCCAACUACAACAGCAACAUCCACAACACCUCACAGUGAGCCUCCAACUUCAACUCUUCAGCCAACAACCAGAACAGAAUCGACAUCCAUUCCAACUACACCUGCUAUAACAGGAACAAUGCCAACUUCAACCACAAAAUCUACAACCCCUUCCACCGAGUUUCCUACUUCAACUCAAGGGCCAACAACCACAACGGAAUCUACAUCCCUUCCACCCACAUCCCUUCCAACCACACCUACUACAGCAACUGCACAGCCAACUCCAACACCAACUACAACAGCAACAUCCACAACACCUCACAGUGAGCCUCCAACUUCAACUCUGCAGCCAACUACAACAGCAACAUCGACAACACCUCACAGUGAGCCUCCAAUUUCAACUCUUCAGCCAACAACCAGAACAGAAUCGACAUCCAUUCCAACUACACCUGCUAUAACAGGAACAUUGCCAACUUCAACCAUAAAAUCUACAACCCCUUCCACUGAGUUUCCUACUUCAACUCAAGGGCCAACAACCACAACGGAAUCUACAUCCUUUCCACCCACACCUACUACAGCAACUGCACAGCCAACUACAACAGCAACAUCCACAACACCUCACAGUGAGCCUCCAACUUCAACUACAGUGCCAACCACAACAACAGAGUCUACAGCACUUCCAACUACAACUGCUACAACACCAGAGCGUUCCACAACAAUGACAUUUUCAACAACUCUUUCCACAUUUGAACCUGCAAUUACCGAAUCUCCUGGGCCAUCUUCAACACCACCAAGAACUUUACCCAUUGUCUCUAUCCAAACUACUAUGCCUACACUUCAGACUCCUACAUCAACUCUAUGGUCAUCAACAACAACAACAGAAUCUACAACCGUUUCAACCACACUUCCUACAACAACUGCACAUCUAACUACAACGACAACAUCUGCAUCAAUACCAACAGAACCUCCAACCAUAACCCAGAUGGCAAGUACAACCAUAAAAUCUACAUUCACAUCAACAGGCCCUCCUUCUACUACAACAAGACAAUCUACAACACCACCAACCAAACCACCUGGUACAACUGAGGAACUAACUACAACAAAACCUACAACCCCAUCAACAGAAUACCCAACUCCAAGUACCACUACACAAUGUGUCUGUAUAGUUAAUGGCACUAUCUAUAAGCCUGGUGAUGUAAUAUUUGACAGGGAAGACCUUGGAUCAAGCAUAUGUCUCACAAUGAUAUGUUCUGACACGUGUGAGCUUCACAAUACAACAGAAUCAUGCACUACUCCUAUGCCUACAGUUACAAGUGCUAGUACUACAACAAGUAUAAGUACAACUAAACCUCUACCCGCAUGCCCUGAUUGGGAUGUAGAACAAAAUGAGAUCUUCCAUCUGUGCAACUGCACCUGGGCUAAAUGCAUUGAGAAUAAUACAGUUCAAAUAUUUAAAAAAGAAUGUCCACCCAUUGAGAACAUCACUUGUAGUAAUGGAAAGCCACCAGUUUUUGUUCUUGAUGAAGACGGCUGCUGCCAACAUCCCGUUUGUGACUGUGUAUGCCAAGGCUGGGAUUAUCCUCAUUACAUUACAUUCGAUGGACUAUACUACACUUACCAAGGAAAUUGUACUUACAUUUUAAUGAAAGAGAUUAAUGAACAACGAAAGCUGAAGAUUUAUAUUGACAAUGUCUUUUGUGAUCCAGCGGAAGUUGUUACUUGUUCACGAUCAUUAAUUAUAUCAUACGAAUCACAAAUUGUCAAACUCAUAAAUCAUAACCAUAUGGGAGCACCACAAUUGGAGGCACUGAAAAAUGGAGUACCCCUAAAACUGCCUUAUUCACAAUAUGGUGUUAAAAUAUUGGAUUCUGGCAUUAAUUUGGUUUUGGAGAUCCCCAGCAUAAGAGUAGUCAUUACAUUUGGAAUAGCUAGUUUUAGUGUUACUCUUCCAUAUGAAUUGUUUGGCAGAAACACUCAGGGCCAUUGUGGAACAUGCAACAACAAUCAGGCAGAUGACUGCAUGCUGCCUAACAACCAGCUGGUUGAAAGUUGUACAAUGGUGGCUGACUAUUGGCUUGCAGAAGACAUUAAUCAACCCAGCUGCGAGAAACCAGCUGUAAUGUCCAUAAAUAAACCUAAAACUUCACCAAACCCAAACCCAAUUCCAUGCAAUUCUGACACUAUGUGUGACUUGCUAAAAAGCAGUGUCUUUGCCGAGUGCCAUCCCUUUGUCUCACCUGAAAAUUUCUACAGAGGUUGUAUAUUUGACGGCUGCCAUGUUUCCAACCCAGCAGUAGAGUGCACAAGUUUGCAGACUUAUGCUGCUGCCUGUGCCCGGGCUGGGAUUUGCAUUCACUGGAGGAUCCACACCAAACACUGUAAAAUUGACUGCCCGUCAAACAAAAUUUACAAGCCAUGUGGUCCUGCAGAACAGUCAACAUGUGAAGACAAUCCUAAUGAAAUAAAUAUGAAGUUCAUCACCGAAGGCUGCUUUUGUCCAGAAGGGAUGACACUCCUCAACAAAGAGUCUGACAAAUGUGUCAAUAAGUGUGGAUGUCUGGAUCCUGAGGGCAUUCCUCGUGAGUAUAAUGAGACAUUUGAAUACAAAUGCCAAAACUGCAUCUGUGAGGAGUCCACCAAGGCUGUGUCUUGCAAGCCAAAGACAUGCCAACAACCGCCAACGAUGAAAUGCACAGGUCCAGGGUUUGCCCUUGUCAAACAAACCGAUUCUUCAGACCACUGUUGUUCUGUUUACAUUUGCCAAUGUCAAAGCAACCUUUGCCCAGUUAACAACAUAAACUGUCCAGUUGGAUAUGUACCAGCUUUCAGCAUCCAUGAGGGAAAAUGCUGUCCAGAACAUAGCUGUGAGCCAAAAAAAGUGUGUGUUCACAAACAGAUUGAGUACCAGCCUGGCUCUUCAGUUCCUGUGCAAGAAUGUCAGAAUUGCAUCUGUACCAAUGAGGUGGACCCCAAGUCUGGUGUAUUCAAAAUAUUCUGUGAGCUUCAGCAAUGUCAGCAAGAUUGUGAAAGGGGGUAUGAAUACAUGGAAAGUUCUUCAGGUGAAUGCUGUGGGGAGUGUGUGCAGACACACUGUGACAUCACUGUUAACGGUACCAAGCAUCUGUUGAUGCAAGGACAAACCUGGUCACCACCUGGGAAUAAGUGUGACCAUUACACCUGUGUCAAGAGCGGUGAAACUUUAACAAUGGUCGUGUCACAUAUUGUGUGCCCCCCUUUCCAACUUAGCAAUUGUCAACCUGAUACAAUUCAGACUGCAGCCAAUGGCUGUUGUAAAACUUGUGUGGAAAAGGAGAAAGCCUGCAAGUUAGUAUCCAUGAAAACCCAUGUUAUGCACAAGGGCUGUCAGUCGUACGAGGAGGUAGAUAUACCAUACUGUGAAGGAUCCUGCAAUACCUAUACCAAGUACUCUGAAGCAGCAGCUAUUAUGCAGCAGUCUUGCGCCUGCUGUAAGGAGACACGCUUUAGCAAACGCACUGUUGAUUUGCACUGCCUGGAUGGAGAUGUGGUUUCCUACUCAUACACACAUGUGGAAGAGUGUGGCUGUAGCCACACAGACUGCAACAAUGCUGAGGGGCAUCAAAUACGCAGGAGGCGAAGAUUCACAUCGGUCUGAAAUAUCAAAACCACACUACUGAAUGUGGAUUGACAAAGUUCUUCCCAUUCUGGUCGACCAAUCACUACACUUUUUACAAAGAAAUAUGUAUCAUAUGCCAUGUAUGAUGAAAUAAAGAAAUGCAACUUCGU